GAACGUCCAGCCUGAGAUGCAAAGCGACCGGGCAUUUUAUACAAACAACCUGAAGGAACCGCAGAGGCGUCGGGAGUCAAAAAAUAGUGGAGCAACGGGCACGGGGAACCAUGGGACACGGAGUAGGCUGAACCAGAGUGCCUAGCAACACACACCAAUUGCUUCCACUGUGGUGUAUGACAUGGCCACGGCCUCAUCUAGAGCAGAGUCUAGCCAUAACCACGGAGGAACGUCUCAGCUCCAUGCCGUUGUUUCCUGUGCCAAACUCAAGAGGAAGAAGAGCCUGUUUGGGACUGCCAUCUAUGUGGAGGUGACAGCCGAGGGGGAGUCGCGUCGCACGACAAAAUCGCACAGCUCCUCCAAUCCCAAGUGGGACGAAAGACUCACUCUGAAUGUAACGCCACACACACAGGUGGACUUCAAGGUAUGGAGCCACCACACCCUGAAGGCAGAUGCUCUGCUGGGCAAAGCCACGCUGGAUAUCCCACAAGCCUUGGAGCAGCAUGACAGAAAAUUGGAGAACGUGAAGGAGGUGCUGAAGUUGAGUAUGGAGCAGAAGGGGGCACCGAUGGCCACAGGGGAGCUGACAGUCUACCUGGACGGAUUGACAGUCACUGACCGAGAAGCAUUCACACCACUGACCAACGGCAAUGCAACAAACGCCACCAAAGUCCAACAGAACGGAGAUGCCGUCCAUGAAAACGGAGGAGACACGUCAUCCUCCUCCUCGAGGGCUGCCAACAGCACAGUGAAUGGUACUGACAUCCCGGACUCGGGCUCCUGUUUGGCCCCAAAUGGUGUGGACAGCCAGGUCCCUUCAGAUCUCUCCUGCCCUCCCCUUGUUGUCAACGGAGACUCCACAGCCAACUCCACCCCAGCCCAUCAACCCCUAGACAGUGACGCGAGUGGCACCGUCAAUGGAGAGACCAGUGCUGCUGCUCUUGGCGCCUCCCCCUUCAUUGCAGAUGAUGUGCUGCCCCCUGCAGAUGACCACGAGGAAUGUAGCCAAGAUGCUGCCCCACUGGACUCUGAGAUGGUGACGGAAAGCACAACCCCAGCCCUCACAACCUCCUCCACUUUGGCCUCCACUUCUGCUGCUAAGCCUAAUGAUGGUGCUACUGCUCUUCCUCCUCCUUCCACUUCCAACUCCCCAGCACAAGCAGCCACCACUGUCUCGGCCUCCUCAUCCUCCUCCUCUCCAGCACCUGGAGAGGCUGCGGCAUCAGGAGGUGGACCUUGCAGUGGAAGUGGUAGUAGUUCUGGAGCAACAACCACAGAUGGGGCCAAGCCCAGGCAGCAGGCCCCCAGCGCUACAUCCUCAGACCCCCUGCCACCAGGGUGGGAACAGAGAAAAGACCCCCAUGGAAGAACAUACUAUGUUGACCACAACACCAGGACUACCACCUGGGAGAGACCACAACCACUACCACCAGGUUGGGAGCGUCGUGUGGAUGACCGGGGCAGGAUCUACUAUGUUGACCACAAUACCCGCACCACCACAUGGCAGCGGCCCACUAUGGAGUCUGUUCGCAAUUUUGAGCAGUGGCAGAGCCAGCGCAGCCAGUUGCAAGGAGCUAUGCACCAGUUCAACCAGAGAUACCUCUACUCUGCUUCCAUGAUGUCUGCUGAGAAUGAUCCUCUGGGCCCACUGCCACCUGGUUGGGAGAGGCGCGUAGACUCCAAUGAUCGAGUGUACUUUGUAAACCACAACACUAAGACAACGCAGUGGGAAGACCCUCGAACACAAGGGCUACAGAACGAGGACCCUCUGCCUGAGGGCUGGGAAAUACGGUACACAAGGGAAGGGGUCCGGUACUUUGUGGAUCACAACACUCGAACCACCACCUUCAGUGAUCCACGCACUGGAAAGUCCUCAGUCACCAAGGGGCCUCAGAUUGCGUACGAGCGCAGCUUCAGAUGGAAGCUUGCCCAUUUCCGUUACUUGUGCCAGUCCAACGCUCUUCCCAGCCAUGUGAAGAUCACUGUUUCCAGACAGACGUUGUUUGAAGACUCUUUCCAGCAAAUUAUGGCCCUGAAACCCUAUGACUUGAGGAGGAGACUCUAUGUCAUCUUCAGAGGCGAAGAGGGGCUAGAUUAUGGCGGUUUAGCUCGGGAGUGGUUCUUCCUGCUGUCCCACGAAGUGCUGAAUCCCAUGUAUUGUCUAUUUGAGUACGCUGGCAAGAGCAACUACUGCCUACAGAUUAACCCGGCCUCCACCAUCAACCCUGACCACCUCUCCUACUUCUGCUUCAUAGGACGCUUCAUCGCCAUGGCGCUGUUCCACGGAAAGUUCAUCGACACAGGCUUUUCCCUCCCUUUCUACAAGCGCAUGCUAAACAAGAAGCUCAUCCUCAAAGAUCUGGAGUCCAUAGACCCCGAGUUCUACAACUCCCUGAUCUGGAUCAGGGAUAAUAACAUCGAAGAGUGCGGUUUGGAAAUGUACUUCUCUGUGGACAUGGAGAUACUGGGGAAGAUCACAUCCCAUGACCUGAAACCCGAUGGUGCCAAUGUCCUAGUCACUGAGGAGAACAAGGAAGAGUAUAUCAGUCUAAUGGCAGAAUGGAGGUUCUCCCGUGGGGUUGAAGGUCAGACCAAGGCUUUCCUGGAUGGAUUCAAUGAAGUGGUUCCUCUACAAUGGCUCCAAUACUUUGAUGAGAAGGAACUGGAGGUGAUGUUAUGCGGCAUGCAGGAGGUGGACUUGCAGGACUGGCAGAGGAACACAGUCUACCGCCACUACACAAGGAACAGCAAACAGAUCAUCUGGUUCUGGCAGCUGGUGAAGGAGGUAGACAAUGAGGUGCGCCUGCGGCUCAUGCAGUUUGUCACGGGGACCUGCAGGCUACCCUUGGGUGGCUUUGCCGAGCUCAUGGGGAGUAAUGGGCCCCAGAAGUUCUGCAUUGAGAAGGUGGGGAAGGAUACCUGGCUUCCCCGGAGCCAUACAUGCUUCAACCGGCUUGACUUGCCUCCUUACAAAAGCUUUGAACAGCUGAAGGAGAAGCUGCUUUUUGCCAUCGAGGAAACGGAAGGGUUCGGCCAAGAGUAGCAAGGCGGAGAGAAGGGGAUCUCUUUCUCGCUCUUUGCCCCUGCAUACUGCUGUUUAUCCAGCCAAGUAAAACAAACUAAGGAAGAAUUGCACAGAUAA